CUUAAAUCUGGAUUUUAUGAAAUAAUUUACUUUAUUUACAUUUGAUGCCACAAUAGUUAUAAACAAUUGUUGUUUAACAUGUAAAGUGCUUUAAUAUCAAAUGGCGAAAACAUAUCAAAAUGAUAUAGCGAUAAACGAAAUUGACCAUAAAGAAAUCGAAUUUUUGGGGCCCAUUGGAGAAGGAGCUUUUGGCGUGGUACACAAAGGUUUCUGGAAGGAAAAAUAUGUAGCUGUUAAACGAUUAACCCGAGAUGCAGAAAAAAAAGCCUUUUUAAAGGAGGUUUUACAAUUAUCAAGGGUAGAACAUGAUAAUAUCGUUAAAUUAUAUGGGGCUUCAACGGCCCCCAAUAACUUUUUACUAGUCAUGGAAUAUGCAGAAGGUGGUUCUCUGUAUAAUGUUUUACACUCAUCGGCUAAAAUAAAAUAUACACUUAACCAUGCAAUGAGCUGGGCUUACCAAUGUUCUAAGGGUGUUGAAUAUCUACAUGCAAUGAAGCCAAAGCCAAUAAUACACAGAGAUUUAAAACCUCCUAACUUAUUACUAGUAAUGGGUGGAACUAGGCUUAAAAUAUGUGAUUUUGGUACAGCAGCAGAUAAAAACACAUACAUGACAAAUAAUAAAGGUUCCCCUGCCUGGAUGGCCCCUGAGGUUUUCCAAUCGGACAAAUACACGGAAAAAUGCGAUAUUUUUAGUUGGGGCAUCAUUUUGUGGGAAGUUUUGUCUAGAGAAAAACCCUUUCAAAAUAAAGGUACAGCCCUUGCCAUAAUGUGGGCUGUGUUUAAUGGAAAUCGACCUCCGUUAAUAAGAAAUUGCCCAAAACCUAUAGAACAACUUAUGGUGGAUUGUUGGGACAAAUGUUCAGAAAAUAGACCAAGCAUGCAACAAGUUGUUGAGCGUAUGGAGAAAAUUUGCUGCCUUCUGUGCACGGCGGACGAGCCGAUUUUCAUGCCGGAAGAUUAUUACGACGUCGAAGAUGAAGACGAUGAAGAACAGAUCGACGAAGAAGAUGGAAUUUCUAGUCAAUUUAACACGACGGAAGUUAAGAGUUCCGUUGAGUCUGUGAAAACCACCUUACCUCAGCCUAGCGGCGAUAUUAAACCGUUGGAGAUACAGGUGGAUCCGAAUGCCUGGGAUUUUGAACGAAGCUAUGAUAUGCAUACCAUGCCUGGUUUUGAUAAAGCAGAGUGGAGAAAUCGUUCCUCCAACAUACAGGCGCGUAUUCAGGAAAGUUCGUCAAGCAGGACCUCAGAUGACGAUGACAUGUUGGUGUUUAUGGAAUAUUUGGAGCCCCAUUUAAGGCCGGUUUUACCUGAGGAGGGUAACCCCCAAUCAAUGUUGCUUUACAAGGAACAUAGCAAAUUAGCACAAGACUAUUUAAAGGUACAAUCAGAACUAGUCAUGAUAGGACGAGAAAUGCAAGACUUCCAAGACCUAGAAAGACUGGAAGAUGAAGAAAACGAAAAAGAACUGCAAAAACUUCAGCAAGAGAAAGAAUCACUUUUAGUAGCCCGACAGAUGCUCCAAGAAGAAAAUCAAAUGGGUAGAAACCCGGGUUCCGGAAAUUCUAGAGACCCAGAGGGAUGGGUUGUUAUAAAUAACACCCAACCUAGUUAAAAUUAAAUUAAUUUUUAUUAUUAGUUUUAGUGUUUUUAUAUUAUACAUACAAAGUUCUAUUUGUUUAGUUUGUAAGAAAAAAAUUGUGAGUUUUUUAUUGUAUAUUUUUAUUUUUAAGAUAACAUAAACGUUUU